UUUCUUUUAGACAGUAAUGUUUUAAAGAAUGGUACAAAAGCUAAAUAUGAUGGUGAGAAGCACGACUGCGAUCAGGCUCUACAUGGUGUAUUACUUGUAAUAUCAUUUAAUUACCCAUUCUACGACAGCUUCCCUCUUCUACAAGUGUUUUACAAACAAGCUUUCCUUAAUAUAACCAUAUGUGGGUCGAGACGACCUGGUGUCAACUAUCCCUUUAUUCAGAUAGCUAUCCAUAAAGGCUACUAUUCUUACGAAUGUCUAGGGCAAGCUAUACGUACUUAUCGUCACUUUAAAGGUUACUUAUUCAUAAAUGAUGAUAUGAUUGUCAAUUGGUGGAUAUUACAGAAGAUAGAUAUAACGAAACCAUGGCUUAAUGAAGACAAACGUACACGAAUAGCUGAUCCUUGCAAGUCUAUCCCACAAGAUGGCUGGCCUUGGUGGCAGCAUAGUUUAAAAACCUGCGGUAAUGCUCUUAAUGAGMUUUUUGAUGAUUAUGUUACAAACAAAACUUUACAAACUUUUCUUGAUAAUAAUAAUCAGAGUAAGCUUUGCACUUCAAAAUGGUCAGAUUUUUUUUACGUUCCUGGAGGAGAAACAGCGCUACAAUUUGAACAAAUUUCUUCUGUUUUCUUCAAGAACAAAGUUUUCCUUGAGAUAGCAGUUCCUACUAUAUUUAACUUUCUCGAUAAAAAGGAGAACAUAAUUCUGCUUGAUGGAGUGUAUCUCCCUAGUGUCUUUGGUCAUCAUGAUUUUAGUGGUACAACCGGUGCUCAUUACUUAUGGAAGGUUUAUAACUACACAAUACCUUUCGUYCAYCCAGUCAAGUUUCGCGAUGAUCGUCAUAAUAUAAACAAAGACAACUUUUAUGUUCAGGUAUAUUUAUAUGGUAAAAAGAUUGUCGAGAAUUGUGCAAAACAAAUAGGCAGAAACCCCUAAACACACUAGCACUUAUCAAAACUUUAGAGUCUCAGU